UGCAACUAUUUUGAAGGCAUUUAUUUAUUCUGUUUGUCUUUUUCUUUCAUCUUUUAUCAUUUUAUCAUAAUAUGAUAAACAUUUUUAGUUUUAGAAUUUAUUUUAUUAAGUAAAUAGUGCAAUAUUAGAAAAUGUCAUUGCUACAUUGCUCAUUGAUAUAAUUUAUUACCGGUACCAAUAUUCAAGUUUUGAGUCAGAUCAUCGUCUUCAAUAACUUUAUUAUAAAUUUGAGAUCAGGAUCAAACAUGGAUACCAUUAAAACACACCACCAACCACGGGGACCUUCAAUGAUUUGGAUUUACUAUAGGCCAACGACAAUGCUGCAAGAUUUGACAUGAUCUUCAACUGAAUGAUGGACUUAUCAGAAUACUUCGUCAUUAUCUUUUUUCACCUGUGAGGAAAUUCAGACGUCUAUUCACUCUCAGCCAAGAACCUGUAGGACAUUGCAGAAUGUGAAUAUGCUAAUAAAACCUGCAUAUUAUACUCAAUAUUUCAAGGACAGAUUUUAUGAACGUCUAUCCAGCCGAUAGCGAGUCUCGACCGUUGGCGAAUCGAUUGUCGCGACCCUAGCGCUGCCUUUGGGCGCGAGCGCGCGACUCGGAUUAUCAAUACCCGAGCCGAUCUGCCCGUAGGACUGGAUACGCGAACCAAGGCAGCCCUUCCGAAGCACAGCUUUCCCACUCUCACAAAAACGACCCGCCUCUCAUAGCUGCUCAAACAUGGCUGCACCAGGAGCGGAAGGCGCGGGACCAGGCGCGGGACUGACGACGGGGGAGGGAGGGGAGAUCGUGGGGGGGCCGCGCACCCCUCAGCAGAUGGCCGCCCAGAAGCGACUCCAGCAGACGCAGGCCCAAGUAGACGAGGUUGUCGAUAUAAUGAAAACAAACGUUGAGAAAGUAUUGGAGAGGGAUCAAAAACUAUCAGAAUUGGAUGAUCGAGCAGAUGCUCUACAGCAAGGCGCUUCACAGUUUGAACAGCAAGCCGGUAAAUUAAAGAGGAAAUUUUGGUUGCAAAAUCUAAAGAUGAUGAUAAUUAUGGGAAUUAUCGGUCUGGUAAUAGUUGCCAUCAUAGUGGCGAAAUUCAUGCCAGAGGAGCCGAAGGGCGGUCAGCCGCCUUACCCCUACCCCAUGUACCCCCCUCCACCACCACCGGCCGGCGCCCCCGCCCCCGCACCCGCAGGUGCCCCAGCUGCCGCCCCGGCCGACAAGGCCACCUAAGAACAACACUCCACUCCGACACCGACAACAACAUUUCAUCCUCCAACUUGAAAUGACAAACGGACUGAAUAAAUUUAGACAACAAGCCAUAACCAAAUAUAACGAAAGUUUGUGUAAUCAUUCAUUCACAUGAUUCAGAACAAAAUAAAAUGUUCAACCGCAAACUUAAUCGUAUUCAAGAUUCUUGAAAUGAUCAAAUUUCACAAACAUUUCAGUUUGUCGAGAGAGCAUUUAAUGAUUAUCAUUCACUCGUUAUUUUACGUUUCACUUGCACUUUAUUCAAAAAACCACCUUUAAUUAUUAUAUAAACUAUGUCUAAGAAAAACUUUAAUUUCCAAAAAUAUAAUCCUGUUUGUUUAACAAUACUGACUAAACCAGCUACUCAAUUACUCCUAUAUUUUUCCAUGGUUGGCAUAGUGAAAUAAUAAUACAGACAACAUAAUCACUGUUGAUAGAUGAAUUCAUGUGAAUAGAUAGGCUAUACAAAGCAAGAGUAAAAUGUGUAAUAUUGUGUACAAAUCAAAAUAGAGAUUUAUUCAACUAUUGCGUAGCCCCAUCUAUGAUCCUCCUUUCAUCGACAACCGUUGAUAAUUAAUAUUAUUAUAUAAAUAUGUAAAUAAGUUAUAUUGUUAUUUUUAUGAUCAUUCGUUUAUUUUCAAAGACCACUCAUUUCACCUUGACUCCACAGACUGCAUUAUAAAACAAAUGCAGAUUCAUCUAAAAAUUGAAUUAUUUGUCUCCAUUACAUAACUUACCAAAGUUCUUUCUGUUUGUUGAAGAAUAAAGUUUUAAUUGAUUGUUGAUCAUUAAAUAACAUAUCUUCAUAAAUGUCUAUUACUGUUAUUUGUUAUUACAGCUAUUUAAUAAUAACAAAUUGUUAUUGAAAAAUUAUUUUGUGAUAAUGCCAUGUAAAGACGAGUGCUGCAGAAUGCUUGGUGAGAGAAUGCUGUUGUUAUCAAUGAAAGCUACCAUACUCUCAAAUAUUAUUCUGUUAAUAUCGAAUCAUGUCAACAUCAUUAUACCUUUCAACACAUUUCAAUUGUAAUGCAUCACUAUUAUUUCAAGGUUUGGUGUUUAUAGAUUAUAACUGAUAAUAGAAUGCUUAAGAACAUAAAAUAUAUUGUAUUAAAAUAGGAGAAAAUGCUUAUUAGUUCUCCUUUGGUGUAUAAAUCAACGAGAUUAAUAAAACUCACUACAUUACGUGCAUGUAUGUUUGUAUGUAUACACACAAAACUAUGUAAUAUACAAUUCAAUAUAUAGUAUUGAAUUUCUAUCAACAGUUAUGUACAGUAUCGGAUUUCAUUUGAAUUGGUUAGGAAUUUUCACUAUAGAAUCACUGAGUUUCAAAAUCAACUUUUAUGUCCUUAAGCAGUUUACUGAUAGUAGCUUUUUCUACAAUUAUUAUUGUAAAUCAUUUGAAAGAGGAAUUGUUAAUGAGCAAAUAUGACAGGUCAGCAAUAUAAUAAUGAUCAGUUGGUUAGGCUAGGGAGUUGAUAGAAUAGAAUGAUUGUUGAGGCGAGUGGAAGCCUUGUAGGCUAGUACCAAUUUGUCAAAAAGGCUUCUAAAGCAGUUUAGAUAAUUUGAAAAUUAUUUGUAGUCCAUUUAUUGCGUUCUUUAUUAAAUUAGUAUAACUUAAUGUAGUUGUUUACAUUAUACGUUGUACAAAAAUAUAUUCAAGAAAAUAAGUAUGAUGGUAUAACGUUAAGAUAAUACUAUUAUAAUAUUGUAGAGCACAAUAACUUUAUGAUAAAGUAUUUACAAUUUAUUGGUGUUAUCAAUAACUUGGAUAUUCCAUGUGGAGUAGUUGAUAAAUAAAACACCAUGCAAAUAAUUUCAAUCUUAUCAAGAAAUUGUAUGAUAUAUAAUAUGAAAUGAACGAUUGAUUUUGUUUUAAAUUGAAUAUUAAUAUAUAAUUAUUAUUUAAUAUUUAGUCCAUUAAGGUUUUGAAAAUAAAGGUUUUGCCUCUUUUAUUACG